CUUCUACAACAUAUAAUUGCCAAAUCAUGUAACAAAGAGAGUUUAGAAUCCACAUUUCAAUGAUUAAAAGAAAAAAAGACAACACUUCACAUACAGAAUCUUUUACUGCUAAUGGGUCCAAUGUAAAAGAACACGAUGAUGAUUUAUACAGACUUUGUCUCACUUCCUAACCAACAUAAAGAAACACUGUAUGGUUCUUGACCUUUGACCACCAACAGUGACUUCUAAUUUGGUUCCCAUGCAGAGCAUAGAAAAUCACAACCAAUUAGCAAACGUAGUCUUUGGUUUUGAGGCGUGGGAAUGGAUUACCUUUCAAAUGUCAUGCCUUUAGUUACGAAAUUAGCAACAGUGUCAUUGGAUUAAAAGUAUAUUAGUAAAUGAAAAGGACAAACAGCUCUGUUUACCUUCUUUUAUGGGUCAUGCCCCCUUUCCUUUUGUAAUUAUACUGAAAGACAAAAGAGAAUCGAGUAACCUAAAGAAGAGAGAGAGACAAAGACAAUGAGGACAACAGACAAGGUUACUUCUUUUGCUUUCACACCUUUUCAUUAAGCCACAAGAGUUAUAAGUUCAGCAAUCCAUAAUACUAUAUAAGAUACCAACGAUGCUUCAAUGCCUAUCAAUAAAGUAGAAAAUCAUCUUUAGUGAAUAAAAAAACCAGUCAAAAUAAUUUCAAAAGUGGCAAAGUUUCCAUGGGUUCUAAUUAAUGAGGGUUUUCAUCAAUCAUGUCAAAUAUCACUGCUCUUUCAUCCGUUCAACUAUGUUCUGAAAAUUCAAGCUUGAAAUGAUAUAUAUACGGUGAGCAGAACAAAGGGUUUGUGUUGUGUCCCUACUUACCGACUGCAGCCGCAAGAAGAAAGAUGUCUUUUGUGAGCCCUGUGGCUGAUCUACCUGUUUGUGUAUAGAUUAGAGAACAAAAAUCAGAGUGAGUUCUGUGAUCUGAUUGUAUUAGAUAAUAUACGUUAUGGAUAUAAACUGUCAAGCAUCUGUAGAAUCGACCAGUACCAGUAGCAGUGGCACAGGAAGAGACAAUAAUAGUCUCAAUCUCAGGAAAUUAUCCCAUAAGAUCUCUAAGGCUGCUUCACAAUCCCAGCUGAGAAAGCCCUGUUUUGAACUUGAUGCUCCUCCGAAUCAAAAUCAUCCCCAAAAUCGACUUCAGUCCGCAACCCCUUCAGUUCAACCGCAGCAGCAACAGAAUAUACAGGCGCAGCCGCAACAGCAGCACCAACCCCCGGUGUAUAACAUUAACAAGAAUGACUUCCGAGAUGUGGUUCAGAAGCUUACAGGCUCACCGGCUCACGAGCGGUUCUCAAGUCCCCCGCCUGUUCAACCUCCUAAAUCCCAAAGCUCUCGCCUCCAACGAAUCCGCCCUCCUCCUCUCGCUCAUGUUACCAAUCGUCCCCCACAACAGUUACCAAAUAGUUUCCAUCCCCUGAAUUCCGGCCUCACCGGACGCCCUAUGGCGCCUCUAUCGCCGUUGCCACCACUCCCAGCUGUCCACGCACCGGCCGAAUCCCCUGUCUCCGCCUACAUGCGAUACAUCCAAAAUUCAAUUCCCACAGCCGAUUCAAAUCAACUGCCGCCGCCACAAGGAUUCUCACCACUCGGCCCUCUAGCUUCAUCGUGUUGGAACAAUUUCACCACACAACAGCAGCAAGGUUCGAUACCUCUCCCGCCGUCGUCUGCCAUGUUACAGGCACAUCCUCAGUUCCAGGUGGCGCCAUCAUCGCCAUUGGGAUUCGGAUGCUUGAACUCCCCAAUGUCGUCGUCGCACGGUGUGUUGUUGUCUUCCCCAAAUUUGAUGUUUCCGGCAACGACAGGUCAACUAGGGUUUCCACAGUUGCCGGUCUCGCCAACUGUGCCGGCGUCAAGCCCUAGAUGGAUCGGCGACUAGUCCAGUCCUCUUCGGGCGGUAUAUUCAAGAAACGUCGUCGUUUUCCGUAUCAGGAGCUUCGGAAAAGAAAGAAAGAGGGAAAAAUGUUAUUCUUAUUUACUUUGGACUUUAAGCUGUGUUUUAAAUUUGAAAUGCAAUGCCUAAUUCGUAAGUAUUUCUAUUUAGUCU